AUGAAAAACCCGUCUAACUCAUCUAAUAACUUGGUUAUCCACUACUGGUUUGUUUGCGGACAUGACACAAAAGUGGAGGUUGAAUCCGCCGUGCGGAAUGAAAGCGCCGUUUACGGGGAUAUCUUAAGGCUGAACUACACCGAAACAUAUUCAUUGCUUGCCUUUAAGACUAUGAGCUCUCUGUGGCUUGCUUCUACCAUGGACGUUCAGUUUAUCGUCAAAGUGGACGACGACGUAUAUUUGCACGUUCCUAAGAUGAUUUGGUGGCUGAAAACGUCCUCUUUACCUGACAAGCUAUAUGCUGGCGCCGUGCAAGGCGGGGUUAAAUUAAAGGUUGUUAGAGAUCCAACGCAUAAAUGGUUCAUUAGUGAACAAUUAAUUAACGACUCUUGGUUCCCUCCAUACUGUAACGGGCCCUUUUAUAUUUUAUCUAAAAGCGCUCUUCUCGAAUUACUUAAGGUCUCCUCAAAUGAAGGCCUGCCGACACCUUUUCCUUUAGAAGACGCCUAUAUAGGAAUAUUGGCGAAAAGAGUUGGAAUCGCGCCCUUACAGCUUAACGGAAAACAUGUCCUCAUUGCCGGGCCAUGGGUGGGAAUUGGUUUGGAAGAUAAAGAACUUAACGGUUUCUUCGCAUUGGGACAUGGGUUGUCCAUUGAACGAAUGUUCAAACUUCAUACAAGAUUCGCUAACUUGAACUUAAUUCAACUGUAA